CUAUACAUCGGCACAGUCAGUGAUAAUUCUCAUUCAAACGUGUCGCCACGCAAAACGUCACAUUAUCUGCUAUUUAAUUAUUCAUCAUAGCGUGACAGUUCCGACUUCGAGGAUCAAAGAAUAAUGCCUGGCUACAGAUGGGCUAGAUGGCCAGUGGGCUACAACGAUCGUCAUAUGUUGAUCUCCAUCGGCAGGGACCUGGACGGUAUGAAUCUUGUUGUAGGUCGUGCCUCGCAUCAGGGUGAUAUGCUCCCAGCGAAAGUAAAGCCGGAUCACAAUGUUGCCUAUGUGUCCCACGGAGGUGGCGAGCACAUGAAACACGACUUUGAGGUGUUGAUGCCCGCCCAUUUCAACUGGAUCCGAUCGGGUCACGGUCACGUACCGGAAAACGCGGUGGAGGCCGGGAGGACUAUAAACGGUGAAGUGCUCUAUGUCGGCCGUGUUUUUCACAAUGGUGUAUUCUGCGUAGGAAAGGUUCAGAGAAGUCAUGGUUGCCUAUACAUUCCGUUCGACGGGAAGGAAAUACCGUACAGGGAAUAUGAGGUCUUAGUGCAAUGCUAAACCUUAUAAUAUCUACAAUUGUUACAAUUUCGCGACGGAGGAACGAAACUUUCACACGAAACAGGAUUGACAAAUAA